AAGGUAUAUCACAUAGACCUCAAAUCACGUCACAGUUUAUUCACAUCCCUGAAACGAUAAUAUAAAGUCAAUAUUUCGCUUAUUGAAAAACAACUUUUUGGAUUAACUGAAAAUCAACUAAAUUAAGAAUUAAAAUGCCUUCGAGAGAAGCAGGAACAAUGCCGGUAGGCCUCGGGUGCCAUCUGGUAGACCAGAGGCGCACCGAACGCGAGCUGCUGGAGGAGGGAAAGGCUCUGGAGGAGCGUAUACACGAGAUCGAGACCCGCCUCAAGCUACUCGAAGGUCGCGAAGACGAACUACCCUGCACGAUCUGCACGGGACAGGUCUAUCAGCAGAGCACUGUUCGAGCUGUGCGCGAGGGGCUGUCCGCCAGGCUUAUAGCCCACGUGGACCUAUAUAGCACGACCCAUGGUCGGCUGAUGCGUCUGCAGCAGCAGAUACGUCGCGGGGAAUCGACUGGGAUCCACCGAUUUGGUUUUCGAUAAUUUAAGCCUGAAAGCCGGUAGAAAGAACCUUAAAGAAGAAUCUUUUGUUUUUGUAUUUUUCUUUGUUUCAACAAUUAAACGCAUUGCAACAAAAA